GUGUUUACAGAAUUACAUUCCAGCUCACAGCUUAACCCUUUCUUGCCCAGUGUGCCGGCAGACAUCAAUUCUUCCAGAGAAAGGGGUUUCUGCACUGCAAAACAAUUUCUUCAUCACCAACCUGAUGGAUGUCCUGCAGCGAACUCCAGACAGCAGUAUUGAGGAGUCUGCCAUCUUGGAGACUGUCACAGCUGUAGCUUCAGGGAAGCCACUUUCCUGCCCCAAUCAUGAGGGAAAUGUAAGUGGAUUAGAUUCCCAUAAGGUUUAUCAGUUGACCGUUGAAAAGAAAUUGAACUCUGAGAUUAAAAGUGAAAAUGUAUUGCUUUAG